AUGAAAAGACGUCGAAAACAAGAAUAUAUACUUCGUCCUAACAUCUACUUAUCUGUUAAUCCAACAACAAAUAACCCACUACCAGUUAUUACCAAUGUUGCUAGACGUUCCCCACUGGCGUGUAAAUAUAAUCCACAACCUUUGAAUCUGUCAACUCCUGCCGCGAAUCAACAACAUUCACCACAUGAUAUAAUUGAGUCUACAGCACUGACAUCACCUAAUCACUUGAGAUAUCGUCGUGCUAGAUGGGCUAGUGAAAUUGCCCUGAAUAAACGUACCAGUGGAUUAUUUGAAGUGGAACCAGGGCUGAUGAAUUCACUGA